AUCCAACACAUAACGGCGAGAGUCUGUCAAACCCCAUAGUUUUCACCCUCUUCACCGAGGGAGUGACGAAUAUCGUCGCCAAGCGUGGUGAAGCCGUCGUUAGCAUUUCGUUCUACACCAUGCGAAACCAGGGCGGAGGGGUGAUACAGUACGCCUCGCCGCCUAGUAGCGUCAACGCGCGAUUUUCCCAGCCUGUAGUCCUCCUACCGUGCACCACCGGAGGCGGAACCACAAGACGCGUUCCUAGCGAAUGCGUAACGGAAUGCGUUUCGGCACGACGCGUUCCGUCAGAACGCGUUUCGUCUGGCCGCGUUUCGUCAGGCCACGUUACUACACGAUGCGUUAGUACAGGAUGCGUUAGUACAGGAUGCGUUAGUAGGCAAUGCGCGAGAUCCAGGACCGUCUAUCCGCGGCCUCGCUUGCAGAGCCACUACAUUGCGCGGCCACGUGUCAGAUCCGCCGCGUUUGGCGGUUCUGGUUUAUUUAUCCCUGCAUUUGCGCGGUCUGGUUCUACUACAGCCGCUAGUGGUGCCACUGCCGAUUGUGAUAGUAACGGUAGCAGGAGCAACGGAUAUCGAGCCACCGGUAUAAGAAACACUGGCAGGAUCUCUACAGUGAGAGGAGCAUCCGGUGAUAGUGCUUUGUACAGCAGUAAUGGCAGCAGCAGUAGCAGCAGGGGCCAGAGCCGUAGUACUAGUGACUGGAGUAACAGCAGCUCCUGCGGACGCGGGAGGUCAAGCGGAGUCGGGAACGAGUAUGGAGACCGGAGCGACUAUAGUAACAGCAGGAGCAGCAUUAGUGACAGCAGAAGUGACAGCAGAAGUGGUUACAGCAGCAGCAGCCGCAGCAGCAGGAGCAGGAGCAGCAGAAGCAGCAGCGGCAGGGGCAGCAGAAACAGCGGGGCGCGGGCAGGGGCGCGGUGGGAGCAUGAUUUUUGGGAGGCGCUGGAGGGGAAACUUCGCCCUGGUGGAGCAUCAGGUGGUUUCGUUCGCCCCCGGCUUCAACGUCAUCACGGGCGACAGCGGUUCGGGCAAGUCCAUCAUCGUGCAGGCGAUAGCUCAGGUGCUGGGAGCAGCGGCAUCAGAGGACUCUGUGCGGCCUCCGGCCCUCUCCUCCUCCCUCUCCGCCCAUCUCUCCCUCUCCGCCUCCGCCUCUCACUCCCUCCUGCAACUGCUCAGGCAGGAGGGCCGGCUGGAUGUGGUGAAGGCCGUUUCUGGGGGAGGGGAUGGGAGGGUGAAUGUGGUUUUAGAGAGGGAGAUUUUCCGCUCUGUUUUGCCUACUGAGGCUGAUAACGAGUCUGACGAGGAUGCUAAUAGCGAGGUCAAGGCAGGAGGGGGUCCUGGUGGUGGUGGCAGCAGCAGCAGCAGCAGCAGCAGCGGCGACGGCAGAAGAUGGGCCAAGCAGAGCGGCAGCAAGAGCAGCAGCAAGAGCAGGAGCAGGAAGGCAAGGAGCGCGUGCCGGGUGAACGGGGUGGCAGUACCUCUAAGGCUGCUGCGCGCCGUGGGGGCGGCUGUGGUUGACCUUAACGGGCAGAACGCACAGGGAGCGCUGAGGAGCGAGGCCGCUCAGCUGCUGCUGCUGGAUCGAUUUGCAGGGAGGAUGUGGGAGGAGCAGAAGAGACUGCAGGAGGCUGGGGGGGAGCAGACGCUGUCAAUGCUGCAGGAACUGGUGGAUGACGUGGAGCGGCUAGGCGUGAAGGAAGGGGAAGUGGAUGACGUGGAGCGGCUAGGCGUGAAGGAAGGGGAAGUGGAGGCGAUACGAGAGGAGAUCAAAGCCCAUGAGAGGGCGCUGAGAGCCGCAGAGAGCUGCAGCCGUGCACACGAGUUCCUAGAGGGGUCUGCGGCCUUAGGGGUGGUGCAGGGCCUUACCAAGGCUGCAGAGGAGCUUAGGGAGAAGGACCACGUGGAGUGCUACUUGGACGACCUGCGGUUCUCAAAGGAACGCAUAGACCGACUCAAGAAGCGGCUGAGAGAGAUAGAGGUCGUUCGCAGGCGCCACGCCAUUCGAACUGCAUCUGAGCUCUGGUCUGCCGCCCAAAAAGCGGCAGAUCAGAUCUCCAGCUCAGGGAGUGUGGAGAAGAGGCGACGAGAGCUACAGGACGAAAUGAACCGCCUUGCAGCGGAGAUCGGGCGGCAGUUUCUGGCAGCUAGCAGGAGGAGGCGGGUGGCAGCGGAGGGCCUGGGGGAGAGAGUGGAGGGCGUGCUGAGAGGGCUGGAGAUGGGUGCUGCGCGGUUCAGAGCGGUGGUGGCGUGGGAGCCCGGCAUUCCACAUGCCUACAGUGCAACGUCAGCUUCCCCCGGCCAAUCACAGCUGAGCAUGGAGGGGUCGAGGAGGGGGGGUGGAGGAGUGGGAGUGAGGGAGGGGGGGAGUGUGGGGGGGAGGGGAGCUGGGCGGAGGGGGAAGGAAACACAGUGGGAGGAGGAAGAGGACGAAGAGGACGAAGAAGGGGAGGAGGAGGAAGAGGAGGAAGAGGAGGAAGAGGAGGAAGAGGAGGAGAGGGGUCAGCAUGAGGGGUCGGAGAUAUUAGUGGAUGAGGGGCUGAUUCGAGUGGAGGGAGCUGAGAGCGUGGGCGAGAGGAGCGAUGUAUUUUACCGAUACAGCAGCACGGGCAUGGAUAGGGUGGUGUUUCAACUGUCAGCCAAUCCCGGGGAGCCUCUUUUGCCGCUCUCCCAGGUGGCGUCGGGCGGGGAGUGCUCGCGAAUCAUGCUGGCACUGAAAAUCAUUGCAGCCACAACUGCCACCAGCACCACCACCGCAGAUACAACCUCCACCAGUACCACCUCAGAUAACACCUUCACCAGCACCACCUCCCCAUCAUCCUUGGCAACAAGCAGCACCAGCCAUGAUCUCCCAGCGGCCAAUGGGAGCACACCAGGGGUCAGCGUGUCGGUGUUUGAUGAGCUGGACAGCGGUGUUGGCGGCCGAAUCGCCUCCCGAUUCGCCCUCGCCCUGCGCCACCUGUGCAGACAGGGUAACCAGGUGAUCUGCAUCACGCAUCUCCCCCAGGUGGCGGUGCACGCCGACUCGCACAUCAGCGUGAGCAAGCACGUGGACGAGGCCGAUGGGCGCAUGCGCACCACUGCUGUCCGACUCACAACCCUGGAGGAACGGGCCUUGGAGGUGGCUCAGAUGCUGGGCCUGGGGCUGCCAUCAGCGCUGGAGCUUUUCAGCGCAAAGAGAGGCUCGGAGGAACUAACGAGCGCGGAACGGGAGUUGAAGGUUGAGGAGCUGGACGCGUGAUCAGUGCAGAGAAGGAAGACGGGCUCAUUGUGUAUUUUUGAGGCGCCUCAAAAAAGAGAUUUUCAUCGCAGAGAGAGGCUCUGAGGAACUAAUUCGCGCAGAACGGGAGUUGACGGUUGUGGAGCGAGACGCGUGAUCGGUGCAGAGAAGAAAUAGGGAUGUGCUCAGUGUUUUCUCGUGAAUAUGAAUGGUGGGCGUAUAUUUCAACGUGCGCGCUUCCAAAGCGUGUGGUCUGCUCAUUAUCAGAUUCUACCUGAGGCCAAAGCAUCACUAUCCAGUGAAGGGUUCUUUAGAGAUUUAGUGAAAAACAAGAGGCGACGAGAUCGUCUUAGGGUUGCGGAGCAUUUCAUGAUGAGACUUU